UCCUCUUUGACCGAGGGCAGCUGAAUGUGAUUUGAAAUUUGAAGAUAUUUGAUACCAUAGAGUACCACGGAUGUUUUGAUGUAAAAGAUGGGUUGAACAAUGGCGGAGGACCAGCCUCACCCACCAAGCAAUGAAGCGAAAGGUAACCCUGGCCAGGGUGCUGUUGCCCGGCUUCUUCUGGCGAGUUCAAUGAUCGCCCAGGAGGAGGCAAGAAGGGAUGGCAGCAACACACACGACAAGCCCAUGGAGGUGGUGGACCACCGUCCAGCACGGCUUGACUGUCGCAUGCUGGACAAUAACAGCCUGGCAGAUGGCACCCCUCCUCCAGGCGACCUCAGUGGAGGUCAGAACGACCUCUCCCCCGAUGUCUACAUCACCUACCCCCCGUCAUCGUCAGGUUUGAAAGCCCUCAAGUGUCCGAUGUGUGACUACUCCACGAAUGACAAGAGCAACUUCCGCCGCCACAAGCGACUUCACAUGAGGAACAACCCUGCCACCGUUUUGCGGUGUGGCAAGUGUGACUUCUCCACUGUGUUGCCACGUAAGAUCCGCGAACACUACAGCCAGGACCAUGGGGAGGACUACGGUCCGCCGUUGCCACCAAUGCAGGAGGCCACUGCGCUCAGAAUCCAGACAUACGGAGACAACCACUUUGGAGGUCGCCACAUGGAAAUCCCACAUAACCAGUGCACCCAGACAGCUAUGCCUGUUGGUACGAUUCACACAUUACUUGGGGCAGCUCCUCCCAGCAUGCAGUUUGCCCGUGCCGAACCACAGAUAUUGACUAACUGCGUCACUCAGUAUCGGCCCUAUGAGGUUCCCGCUCAGCGGGUUACACAAGAAAAUCACAUGGCAUCGGAUUACUUGAGAUCCAUUGUGUCCAACAUCAUCACUACCCAUCACACACCUCGUGUGCCAGCCACAAGCACCAUCACAUCAUCCAGCUUCUAUCUUCCACCUCCUGUAGAAUCUUCACAGGGAUUGUCUCCCCUCAAUCACCCUUUAACAAGGCAGCAACAAGGGGAAGAAUCAUCGGAAGAGGAGGUGAAGGUGAAGGUCGAGCCAGUAGAUUGCGACGGAGCAUCAGAUGUGUCAAGUUCAGCCACGCCGGUGCGUAGCAAUGCACCCAGACACAUGGAAGCACAAACAACGCAAAGACUCUCCAUGGAAACGUUGGAACCAGCUCCUGCUGGAGAUCGCAAUAAUGAAGCAACGCCAUCUGGUGAGCAGGGUAUUAACAAUGUCAAGUCGACUGAGGCAGUAAGGCCUCAGAAUGAGGUUCGCUCAACAGUUGAGUCACAUGAUAUUCGACCAUCAGUUAUACCUCGUGACAUUCGCUCAAUGGUAGAUAUUCAUGAAAACAGACCCAUCAUUGAAACUCGUGACAUACACCCAGUGUUUGACUCACGUGACGUUCGUUCAGCUAUAGAAGCACGUGAUAUCCGACAAGUGAUUGACCCGCGGGAUGUACGAGGAGGGAUUGACGUUCACUUCACAAACAGACAUAUCAAAACGGAAAUGUCAAAUAUUGGUAUACAGUGUACACUGCCUGCUGUGAAGACUGAAAAUGCUUCAGUAUCAAAUGACAAUUAUGAUCGUCGGCGUCAACGCUUGUUUCUGGUUGAGAGGUCAGUUCAGUGUGAAUUGUUGUCAUCAGUUAGACGGAUAUCUUCAACGCGCCUUGUGUCCGACACAAACGAAGGUGAUCAGCCACUACUGAGACCAGGGUCAAAGUGCACUCAUUGUGGCGUGACAUUCGAAGAUGAGGUUCUGUUUUCGAUUCAUAUUGGUUGCCAUAGUCACACUGAUCCGUUUGUGUGUAAUGUGUGCGGCAAGCAGUGCUAUAACAAAUAUGGUUUCUAUUCUCACAUCAUGAGAGGUCAUCAGCUGUAAGAACCCAUCUCUGACACUGUUGCCAUGGAUACACGUUAUUUCUAGCCAGUGCAUGUUUCUGUGACAUCUACCUUUCUGAGAGUUUUGAAAAGUAGUUUUAUUGUACUUGUAACUUGUAAUCUUUACAAACUAUAUGCAGAUACUUGCCUCAUAUUUCGGACUCGGGCUGUAAAGAUUCCAGGUGAAAGGAAUGAUAUUCUUUUGAUUAUUUUAUAAUAAAUGUCCUUAAUUUUACAUGUUUCUACUCUAAAUCAUUUUUCUUGUAUAAGCCUGAUAUAUUAAAAAAUGAAAGAAUUAGGAUUGUGAUGACGAUACAUGGAAAGAUAUAAGUUACGGGGCAAUGAAAGCUGUAAGAUAUGAAAGACAACUGCAGUGUGUUGUUGCACUUAGUUUUAUUUCAAACAUGUUUUUAGUCUUGAGAAAAUACAAACAUUAAAAGUCAGGUAGAUGUUGAAAGUAUACUAUUAUCAGCUGUGUCUACCACCAUGCUUGUAUCCAUGGCAACAUGUGUACCUUGUUAUCAACUCUGCUGUCUUGAAGUGACCUAUGAUCUGAAGCCUGACGAGAAGUUUGACAUGUAUUUUAUCAGAAUGCAAGUAGUCUUGACGAUGUUGGAGACACUGAGAAAAAACUUGCUGCAUGAAGUACCAAAUUCAUUCAGGAUAUGUUUCAUGCUUAUUUAUAUUGGGUAGAUAUGUCAAUUUUGGUAUUUAUUUUUUAUGUUAAAGAACUCAAAGAACUCUAAAUAGGAAGCGUUGAGCUAUUGCAAUAUAUAAAAUGGUGAAGAUUUCACAUCAGAUCAUGGAUUAUAAUCUGUGUUGAUGUUAUUACUUCUGCUGCACAGGAAUUUGGCAGUUCUUCCAACAAUUUUUUUCUCAGCACCCAAUGUGGUUUGUGAAGGUUGUUCUGUUGAACCGGAUCAGUAGUCUCUGGUAACUAUGGUUACCUAAUCAGAGUUGAUGACAUCCUCCUCUGAAGCCUAGCUUGUCUGAAUGUCAUUGUUGAUUGAACCGGAAUGUUUCCACACGUGUAUUGGUUGGGCAAACAGUCCUGACUACUAGCUGUGUCGUAAUUAGCAUUGUUACCAUGGUUAUGAGAAGAUGGAUGCACAGGCAGGACUUCAGUUGUCACAGUUGAUGAAGGUGAGUUGAACACAUGACUUACAUUAACCACUACAGCCAGGUAUUGAGGCAGCAGGGAGGAGAUUGGAAUUGCCUCCCGAAGAGGCUGUUGAAAAUGCCUCCCAGCACAACUUGCAAUCUUUUACUAUGUUGAUUUAACACUAAGUGUCUUUUAUAUUACAGUUGUUAUUUCAUAACUCUCUGUUCUGUACGUACUUAAAUAUUUUCAAAAUAUUUAUUUAACGUUUUUCUUUGUGGUGGACAAGUGUCUUGUUGCUGUUGCAUUUACAGAAUAUCUUGUGUAAUUUCAGUACAUAGUGUGUUCAGUGUGUGUUCAUGUUAGCAUACGUCAUGACAUAUCAGUCUAGAUAGACCCACCCUCUCCUGUCAAUCAACUCUUGUGGGUGUACUUUAGCCAAUCAGAAUGCUGUGUUGCUGGCACAUGUGUCAUUCUGACAGGGAUAUUUCUGUUUGUCAGGGUUGGUGUAGAUGACAGGUUAAUAGAACAGCCAAUUAACACUUAUCAGAGGGGUAUACAAAGUCCGCAGUCUAGACUACCAGUUGUCC